UGCACGUCCAUGAACGUUGGGAGAGAGCCAUAGCGAGACGCAGUGUCUGCAGGUGGCGCCACUCCAGUCAUCAAGUGACCCCUUCGUGCUUCUGCGGCUGGCGUGCUGCUUCUGUAUUCGACGCCCUCUGCUUCCGCCAUCUGGCGGUGCAGGCAUUUUAGUCCACCACGCUCGCUCUCUUUCCUCACCUCCUGCUGCCUUCUUAUCCCUCGCCAGUCUUAGAAAUCUCGUCUGCUCCUCAAGAUGCCGUCGCCUGGCUCCCUGCAAUUGCUGGCCGGGCCGCUCGAGGUGAAAUUCAAGGCAGGCGCCUUUUCCACCUGGUCCGACAGCUUCGUACGCCUCGAAGGGCGUUGGAUCUGCGUAUACAAGCGAGAGCGCGAUUUCUCUCGCCAAGGCGCAGUCGAACUCGGACUGGGUGUCAGCGUCACGGAUAUUUCCAAUCCAGAGGCCUCCACCAAGUUCCCAAGACGAUUCGACUUGACCUGCAAUGGCGGGUUACUCCCCAAGACAGAGGUGAAUUUCCGCACCAAGUCACGAAAAGAUCGGGAUCUGUGGGUACAAGCGAUCUCCAUCAACCUGCAAUUCCUCUCCAGUCCUCGAGGCCUCGACCCUCGCUUCGGAGCCGGGGAAUUGGCCCCGGUUACCAACAAAAUGCGUCAAGACUUGAUGCUGCACCCGAUCCGAAUCCGUUCCGACUUGACCGUUAGAUGUGCAACAGGUGAAUCGAUCGUGACAUUUCUUGUGAAUCAAGGACUCGUUCCGGAUCGAGUAACGGGUGCUGCGUUUUGUCGCCAAUUGGUAUCGAUGAACCUAUUGCAUCAUGUCAUGUGGGACCGCGACUUCACGGACUCGCCUGAACCAUUUGUGAUCGUUGCACUUGACGAUGAGGACAGUCAAGUUGACACGGAAAGUGACUACCACGUUGCACAUUUUCUGAAAUACAUGGACUCGCGUAAGUUCUGGAAGUACAUUGCUAGUCCAGAUGCAGUGAACGCGAGUUCCAUUACCUCUGCUAGCAAUGUGUCAAGCGGUAGUCGACGAGCUGCGUCCAGUUCAGCGUUCCUCGAUCGAUCGACUAGCUCCUCGGAUAGUGGACGAAAUAUCGGACUCAUUCCUGGAUCGGACGAUGAAGCCUCUCGCUUCUCGACACUCAGCACGAAUAACGGUCUCCCUCCUACAGCGGACAAUGUGGAGAAGAAGGCUAGAAAAUGUGCCAUCUGCACCAAGUCGUUCAAUCCUCUACGUAGACGCCACCACUGUCGUCAAUGCCGUGCGGUUAUCUGCAGUAAUUGCAGUGUGAUCCGACGACCGAUGAAUAGCAACGGAGAAGCAGAAGGCGCUGCGUCUCCAUCGAGAAUCUGUAUCAGUUGCAAGCUCAGCUCCAACGCUAGUUUCAUUGGUGAAGUUGAUGAUGUUGUGGAAGGGAAUUCACAGCUCCAGACUUCGCAGAGUGCGAGUGACGUAUUGACUUCCACGUCGUCAACAAGCGACGGAAUGGGCAACAGCUUCCGUCGGAGAUCUAACGGCGUUGCUGUAUCCAGUCAAGAAAACACAGAGCCAUUCUGCCAGCACUGUCAGAACGAGAACUGCAGUCCGAUCACGGAGUUCUUAAAGAUUUCCUACCCGGUAGAAUCACCUACUGAAGCUGGAUUUGUGACGGCUAAACGGUUGGAUAAUGAAGCUGAACGCCUCAAGUCUGUCGAGUGCCUACUGGUCACUAUGGCAGCCACACCGAGUGCUACGCGAGUGCUGCGUCAGUUCUGUAACAUGGCAGCUAUUGCCUGUCAGUGCCCCGUUGCCGUCGUUGGGCUGCUUGACGGUGACAAUUAUGUAUUGGGAUCUCAGUACGGUAUUAGUCUGGAUGCAGCAGUGCCUCGAAAGCAGUCAUUGGCUGCUCAUACUUGUCGUAGUGGCAACCCGCUUGUAUGCUCCGAUAUGACUCAAGAUGUUCGCUUCAAGGGCAACACUUGGCGACUGGAGAGUCUCAAGAAUGCAGUGUUUUACGCUGGGAUUCCUCUAACUCUAUCAAAUGGACAUACGGUAGGAGCGCUGGAGGUGUUUGACACUCAACCGCGUUGCGAGUGUGGCGAGGUGUUGGGUCAGCUUCAAACGGUGGUGCGUGGACUACUCAAUUUGUUCGAAGAGAUCAUGACUGCGGCUGCAGAGGCACAGCAAGAGGAACAAGAACAAGAAGCACAAGAAGUUGAAAAACAGAAGGAGGAAGAAGCUGCAGCUCAGAAACAGGAGAAGGCACAGGCAUCAGCUGUGAAUCCCAUGGAGGCUCAACUUCUUCAACUGCUGUCACAAACUACCUCUACACAGGAACAACUUCGCACUCAACAGGGGCAAAUGGUCAGUGCUAUCAGCAGCCAUUCCAAACAGAUCAACAACCUGGCCAAGCAGCUCGAAAGGAUAGAAGCCACACUGGCGGCCAAGCUGGACGGUGAACGUCGAGUCGAGUAGGAACCCCUAUCUAAUUAUCAAGCAAUUGGAACGAACAUGCUUUUCAAACAUUAAAUUAUGACACGUUUAUCAAUCGAUUCGAG